CCCUACCGGCUCCUGGGGCCGACGCCCCGGCUCCUGGCAAGUACCCAGUGGCUUUGCCUGAGAAAUUUGAUGGAGCCCCGGCCAGCUUUCCCAUGUUCCUGGCCCAGGCCAAGUUGUAUAUUCAGGGGCGAGCCCGGAACUUUCCUGACGACCGCACCAAGGUGCACUUUUUGAUUAGUUUGUUAAAGGACCAGGCGGCCAGAGUGGGCGUUGCCGCUACUCAGGCAAGACUCCCCCUUGCUGGCAGACUAUACGGGGUUUUGCAAUC